AAAGAUGGUCAUACGAAUAAUUGGGCUGUUUUAGUUUCUUCUUCUAGGUAUUGGUUUAAUUACAGGCACAUGGCAAACACAUUAGCGAUGUAUCGUACCCUCAAACGUCUAGGAAUGCCAGAUUCCAACAUUAUCCUAAUGCUCGCCGAUGAUGUUGCUUGUAAUCCCCGGAACCCGUUUCCAGCUGCGGUAUAUGGGAAUUCUGGGAGACGGGUCGAUUUAUAUGGGGAUGCUGUUCAAGUGGAUUAUAGAGGUUAUGAAGUUACUGUAGAGUCGUUUUUGAGGUUAUUGACAGGUCGUCACGAACCACACGUCCCCGCGUCAAAACGUCUUUUAUCCGACGCUUCUUCAAAUGUAUUCAUUUACAUGACGGGUCAUGGUGGUGAUGAAUUUUUGAAAUUUCAAGAUAACGAAGAGAUUUCAGCUUAUGAUGUGGCUGAUGCCAUUGAACAAAUGUGGGAAAAGAGAAGAUACAACAAACUCCUCUUCGUAAUCGAUACUUGUCAAGCAACGACAAUGUAUUCAAAACUAUAUUCACCACACAUAAUCUCAACAGGUUCAAGUCAACUUGGUGAAAGUUCUUACUCACAUCAUAACGAUUACGAUAUAGGUGUUUCUGUCAUUGAUAGUUUUACACAUGAAGUUUUGUUAUAUCUUGAAACUUUGGGUAAAACUUCGAAUUCUACCAUGGAAGAUUUUUUCAACAUCUACGAUCCGAUCAAAAUGAAAUCUCAUCCAGGUAUCUCGACCUCAUUAUCUUCUGUUCAACCAGAUCAAAUCCGAAUCACUGACUUUCUCGGGGCUGUAUCUCGAAUUGAGAUCAUGUCUUCUUCUUCGAUACUU